AUGGGGGACGAUUUGGAUGCGUUGACAAGCCAACUGAGUGGCGGAUUUCAAGUCGAUCCAGCUGCGCUUGCUUUAAAUGUCGCAGGCGAACACCCUCGAUAUUCUCAAUUCAAAAAUUUGUCAAAAGCCGCCGAGCAACAAGCAAAACGACGACAAGAGAAACUUGAGAGACAAAAGAAUGGACUAUUCGACAAAAUGAUGAAGCUAAGGAAUUUAGCAUUUGACGAUGUCACUUCUGAUGAAGAAGACGAUGAAGAAGCAACAACAGAAGCGCAUGAGUCGCAUCACGUUGGGAAAUAUAAUAAAUUCGGAAGAUACGCUGAUAAGCUGAUGCUCAGUGAAUGGCUUGUGGAUAUUCCUGAAACGUUAUCUGAAGAAUGGACGAUGGUAAUGGCGCCAAUCGGUAAACGAUGCCUUGUUGUUGCUUCCAGAGGGUUCACAACUGCUUACAAUAAGGCCGGUCGCCAAGUCGGACAGUUCCAGUCGCGCCUUCCCGGUGGAAAUAGUCGUUCGAAACAUCAAUCCUGGACGAUUCUCGACUGUAUCUACUCAAAUCAUGUAUAUUAUGUACUGGAUCUUCUGUCAUGGAACGCUCAUGAGUACGCCGAGAAUCCCUACGAUUUCCGUCAGUUUAUGCUACAAUCAAAGCUCGAUGAGACGCCUGAGCUGAAAAUGUCAACCGCUGGUUUCCGGAACAUUUUUGUUCUUGCGCCACGCUGCAAGUGCUCCAGAGAAGAUAUGGCACAGUUGUUGGCAAAGGAGAACGACUUGCGGCUCGACGGUCUCCUCUUUUAUCACAAGUCGGUUGUCUACGAACCAGGACAAUCGCCGCUGGUCGGAUGGCUGAAACCAUGGAUGUUGCCGGAAAUUCUGAAUGUUUCGAUCCCAGAAAAGUACCAACAAGAAUCCAAAGGACAAUCAUCAGCUCAGUUCAUCGAAUCUUUCAACCAAAAGCACAAGCAUCAAUCAAAAAUCGAUCGAACCAUGGAACAAGAUUAA